UCAUUUUGUUCGCUUCGUCUGUCGUCUGUUUGCUUUGUCACAGACUGUCACUUUAAUUUCUACUUUCGUGUCUUAUCGUAGUGUGUACUGUUUUGUUGUGUUUAUUUUUCUGUACAUCAACGAUUUAACAUAAUCUCAUUUCUGAAAUCGUGUCCCUAAUUAUUAUUACAGUGAUUGAUAGAUUAUCUUUGUGACAACGACGCGAGUUAUUUAUUUGCAAUCGAUGCAAGAUAAACCGCUGGUAUUGAAUGAUCCAGGUUGAUCUUGAAAAAGUGACAAAUUUACGCCAACGAGUGAUAGUUUAUUAAUUCUGUUCAAAGUGCAAAACGUAGUGUGGUGAGUUAUCAUAGUGCGCGACUUGGGCGUAGCUAGAAGAAACAUAGAUGGAUUUUUAAAGAGUUGCUUUACAUUGGGGGGCGCCACUCAAGAUGAUGGUGGAAACCAUCCUCGAGUCCUCACAGGACUUUGGCAUGUCAAACGGUUCGUUGCCGCAAUGGAAACGCGAGCUGCUGCAGAGGCGCGCGGCACGCUCGCGGCCCACCACCUUCACCGCGCCCGCGCACCCGCCGCCCGCCGCCCGCGCCGACCUCGCCGCUGACCUCGCCGACGAGGACGAGGAGCUGCGCUACGGGCCCGGCAUCGUCAAGCGGCUCAAGUCGCGCUACCUCAGCCUCGCGCUGCGGGACGCCCCGCGCCGCAGGCCCUCGGUGCUGCGCCGCGCCACCUCGCUAGAGCACCUGCUCGACGAGCGCCCGCCCCCCGCGCCGCGCCCGCCCGGACCGAGACCUCCACGACCUGCCUCCGUGGCCGCGCCGCCGGCGGUGCUCGGACCCACCACCCGCCGCGAUUUCGUUAAACGCGCUCGCUCUGUCGAUGCCCUGAGCCGACUCGACGCCAGGGAAGAACUGCAUCCGCCGUCGCCUUCUCCACCGCCGCUCACAGUGAUUCCCGUAGCUCCGCCGCCGACGCCCCCACCGCUCGCGUCUCCGCCGGUGUCGUCGCCGGGCGUGGCGCCGCCGCCGCUGUCCCCUCGGCCUCCGAUCGUCCGCUCGGCGCGACCACCGCGGCGCCCGACGCCGCUGCUUCGGGAAACAGAAAGACCGCCACCCGACGUAGUUCGCUCGACGCUCAGAAAAUUCGAGAGCGCUCCCACGCGAAGAACGGCCCCCGCCGCUAGGGUGUCGGCCGUGCUGCGCGGACUCGAAUCCGCCCCGCGCACUUCGACUCCCGAGCCGCGAGACCCGAGUGCGGAUUGUCGGUCGCCGAGUCCGGCCAUCGCGGAUGUGUCCGCUAUAGACGAAACGGAAUGUGCGGUAGUGUCAGCGGAGGCGAAGCCCGUGUCCCGCGCCGCCCUCGAGGGCAUCGCUCGUGCGGGGUCCUCGAUGCGAUUCUGCUUCGAGGUGCCACCCAGAGGAUCGCAUCUACCGCCGUUGGCGGCGGCCAACCCGGUGCUCAUAGGACGCGCGAGGCGCGUGGGGGUGAUCCGCCCGAUGCCCGCGCCGACGCUCACUCGCCCCACGUCCACGCCCACUCCGCCGCCGCUGGUCGCCGACGUAGAUGAGAAGGUAGCAGAAGUGACUCCGCGAUUGGCGACUCCUCCGCCCGUGGACAACGAGCCUGCGCUGACCGCGCGCCCCGAGCGACGCGAACCUCCGCCGUCGGCCGUCGUCGAGCCUAUCGUCCGCUCGUUGCCAGAAGAGCGGCAUCCGACUCCGACGCCGACGUCCACCGACUCUAGCCGCGUAGAGUCGCCGCGGCCGCCUUCAACCCGGGAAGCGACUCCGGAGCCCACCGAAACCAGACCGAUAGUGAUCGAAAUAGACAACAAGCCCAUAACGAACGGCCACACGGACGUUUACAAGUCGAAAAUCGAAACACGACUCGGAGGUGCCGGGAUAGAGCGCGCGUGGAACGGCACGCCCGAUAAGAUUGCUAGUGUGGAACUGAAGGAGAAGAAGGUGAAUAGUGAGACGAAGAGUGCCGUCCCGUGGGCGCGCGUGUCCGGCGAGGGUGGCGGCGGCAGUCCGGUGGGGGCGCGGCGGGCGCGGGCCCCGCCCCCGGCCGCGACCUCCAUCGUGUUCAACUUCUCCAACCGCAAGGAGGUGCCCGACUACAUCGAGAACGACGGCCUCAUACACCGCACCAGCAAGAAGAACAGGAUAAAGGCGGGUGAGCCAGGCGUGGUGGUGCUGGACCCGGCGGCGCUGGCCCGCGCCGACUCCGACCCUGAAGAGGACGGGGAUGGAGAGGAGGAGAUGGGGGGGCCGCCGUCCCCGUGCGGGGUGCGGUUCGUGAACGACAACGUCAUCAUCAACGGACGCUCCUCCAUGCCCAACAAGCCCAACAGGGACCGCAUCUCUAAGCUGAAACUGCAGUUUGACGACUCGCUGACGCGCACGUUCGAGUACCCGUCGGAGACUUCUCUGUGCGAGGACUCGCCGCCUGAAGAGCACCCGACCGCUAGACUCGCUGCCAACACUCACAUCGCAUCGUCAUCACUGGCGCGGUACACGCCCAGCAAGACACUGGCGGAUGCCUUCCAACUGGGAGUCACGCGGCGUCUAGUUAACGACGUGCAGAGUAACGGCGCUGCAGAGGCUGCGGCUUCAGAGACAGACACGGGAGACGCGCGGCCCUGCGGUGCAGACGCCGCACGUUCAUGGAGCGAUGCUCGCGCCGCCGCCACUGAUCUUCUGUUCUAGUGCCGCAGGUCUGUCUGUCUAUCACUAUAAGGACGCUCGCGUCCCGCACCAGAGUGUCAUCGAGUGUCAUCGAGCGUCAUCGUGCAACCAAACCAACACACCGUAUUACAAAUGAUUGACAUAACAUGUAUUUUUGAUAAUUUAACAUUCAGGGCGUUCAUUGCAUCUGACUGGUAUAGUAUGUACUAGUUGACAAUUUUGAAAAGAAGCUAUUUUCCAUUUAAAAUCAUAGUGAAAUGUCUCUUUAAACUACUUUUUUCUAUACAUUAUACAAACGUAUUCGGUACAUAUUAAGUAAUCAACUCAAUUAUGAAAAGAUACCAUUUUCCAUUUAAAAUUAUAAUGAAAUAAGCUUUAGACGGGGCGUCGCUCGCGUUAAUUUAUCCCCAUAGGGGUGGAAUUUAUCAAAAUCCUUUCUUAGGGGA